UAGCUGUCAAUGUGACAACUCGGGACCUGCUAAAGAUUUCCUCAACAAUUCGCGUUUUAUUGUGAACAAACUAAGAAUUUCCAACCGUUUACCUAAAUUGCAGUCGAACUUAUGAAAAAUGUCGGAUUUCCGAAUCGAUUCCGUUUGUCGAACAUGCCUAGCGGAAACGGAUGAACUGCGUUCACUUUUCCGCGAAGGCAAAGUUUGCGGGGAAAUCACGACGCUAUCUGAUAUGCUGGUCGAGUGCACCGCGCUCGAGAUCAACCAAGAUGAUCAGCUUCCACAGCAUAUUUGCAAUAAAUGUGUCCUGUCGCUCAGCAAAGCAUAUAUGUUUCGACGAACAUGCACAAACUCAGAUUCCGUUUUACGGGAUCGAAUCAAAAUCAAACAACCCGACGAAGAUGAAGUGGUCAGUACCCUAUACUUCUACGAUGAAGCGGAAUCCGACAGCAUCGUAGAAGAAUGCGGUGACCAAAUCCAAUAUGAAUGCAUGGAGUUAAAGCAUGAUAAUGAUGCAUGUGAAUCGAACGUUGCAUGCGAGGAGGAAACUAUUGAAUGCGGUCAGUACGAGCAGAUCGAAAUAGCCGAGGACAGUGGCACAAAUGAAAGGGAAUACAACACGUCGCCGGAAUCGUCCUACACUGUCGAAAUAGCAGAAAUCAACCAGAAGCAAUUUGAGAUGCGAGUACCGCGAAAACGUGCACAACGGGUUCCAGGUCCACCGUUCAAAUGCAACGAAUGUGAAAAAAUACUGAGCAAUCAUAGCUCGUAUAAAUACCACAUGCAGUUGCACUCGGACAAGACGCCGUAUCUGUGCAGUGAAUGUGGAGAAGGAUUCAAAACUCGCAACGCGUAUGAAGGCCAUAUGACAACGCAUGAUGAAAACAAUCCAAACAAAUGCGAAAUCUGCGGCAAAGUGUAUCGACAAGCAGGAUCGUUACGGUCCCAUAUGCUUAACCACACAGGCGAGAAACCGUUCCAGUGCAAGAUUUGCGGGAAAGGAAUGACCCAAAAAUCAGGAUACAAGAAACAUAUGCUAACUCAUACCGGCGAAAAGCCUCAUAAGUGCGAUAUAUGCGGAAGUUCGUUCCGUUUCUCAAGCAAUCUCAUAACACACCGUCGGCGACAUACAGGCGAAAAGCCCUAUGUAUGCGAAACUUGUGGAAAAGCAUUUGCCGGUGGAGAGCAGUUGAAACGCCAUUUGUCUGUUCACACUGGUGAAAAACUAUUCAAAUGCGAGAUUUGCAGCAAAGUCUGCAACCGUAGGAGCGCAUUACAGCUACAUUACGCUCAUCAGCAUUCGGGGGAGAAGAAAUGCACGUGCCGUGUUUGCGGGGAAACAUUUUCUCAAAUGAAAGCAUUAGUAAAUCACAUGGCUAUCCACAAAGAAUGUUAUGAAGAAGUCGGAAUGGUAGGACAGAGACAGGACGGCAGCAGUGAGGAUAUUGCAGACUCGGGAGAAACUCAGGAAACUUGAAAGUAAAGGCAGUUGUAAUUUAUCUAGUUUUAUUUAUGUGUAGGAUUAAGUUAGUAGUGUCUGGAAAUUAAUCUUGACUUUAUUCUUAUCUUUUCGUUUCCAAAAUAAUCAGAUGUUUGGUUGUUACUAACAAUUUGUAAUAUGCAUUCCCAUUGGAAAUGAGUUUAACUUUUGUAAUAAAUUCGUUUAGCAACCGUCGCCCAGUACAAAGUUAAAAACAUAAUAAAACCAUU